AUGUCGGAAUUUUGUGGACAAGUCAUGAGCAAUCUCAAGCUAGCUGUGGAAGUUGUGAGAGCCCACAACCUUAUGCCCAAAGAUGGGCAGGGCUCCUCUAACGCUUUUGUGGAGCUUCACUUUGAUGGUCAGAAAUUCCGCACCACCAUCAAAGAAAAGGAUCUUGAUCCAUUCUGGAAUGAGACAUUCUAUUUUAAUGUCUCUAACCCUACUGACCUGCAUAAUCUCACACUUGAGGCUCACGUCUACAGCAUGAAUAAAAACAGCAAUUCAAAAUCAUCCCUCGGGAAGGUUCGCAUAACCGGUACAUCGUUUGUUCCCUAUUCUGAUGCUGUUGUAUUUAACUAUCCUUUGGAGAAAGGAAGCAUAUUCUCACGUGCAAGAGGGGAACUUGGCCUGAAAGUGUAUGUAACUAAUGAUCCAUAUAUCAAGUCGUCAGCACCUCUUCCUGAGAUGUCUUCAUCAUCUUCACAUUUGAGUUUGCAUUCAAGCCACGAAGAGCUGCCUUCACAGAAAGUGGAAGAGUCCAUCCCAGAUGUAGUGACUAAUGGAAAAAAGGGGUCGAGACGUACAUUUUACAAUCUUUCCAGCUCAAAUAACCAGCGCCAACAGCCUCUGCCUGCACCCUCCCACCAACCAAUCCAAUACGGGGGUGAUGAAAUGAGGUCUGAACCUCAGGCACCACAAGUUGUCCGCAUGUAUGCAGGUUCAUCGUCACAGCCUACUGAUUUUACACUUAGAGAAACGAGCCCAAUCCUUGGAGGGGGUCAGGUUGUUGGAGGACGAGUUAGACGUUCGGAGAAGCAGUCCAGCAUUUAUGACCUCGUUGAGCCAAUGCAAUUUCUCUUUGUUAGAGUUGUCAAAGCUCAUGGCCUUCCCUCCAAGGAUCUCACUGGGAGUCUUGACCCAUAUGUUGAAGUGAAACUCGGUAACUACAAAGGAGUGACAAAGCACUUUGAGAAAACCCAAAACCCAGAGUGGAACACGGUGUUCACCUUUUCAAAAGACAGAAUGCAGUCAUCUGUUUUGGAAGUUGUUGUUAAAGAUAAGGAUAUGAUGAAAGAUGAUUUCGUUGGUCUUGUUCAAUUUGAUCUCCAUGAGAUUCCCACGCGAGUUCCACCUGAUAGUCCUUUGGCUCCACAAUGGUAUCGGCUUGAGGACAAGAAAGGUGAAAAACAGAAAGGUGAAUUGAUGUUAGCUGUCUGGAUGGGCACACAAGCCGAUGAGGCUUUCUCCGAUGCUUGGCAUUCAGAUGCAGCUAGUCCUGUUGAUAGCUCAGGCCCUUCAACACAUAUCCGUUCGAAAGUCUACCAUUCUCCAAGAUUAUGGUAUGUACGGGUUAAUGUGAUUGAGGCACAAGACUUGGUUGUGGCUGAGAAAAAUCGACAAAACCAAUGCAAUCGCAAACCAUGA